AUGGUCAUCUCACAUCUCAUCAAAGUCGAUUUGCAAUUUGUGACCCCAGGAUACCUACCCGAACCAGGUUACAAAAAAAAGGCAGACGCAUGGUUCAUUGGAUGCCCUAAUAAUAUAAAUCACAACACCCGUAUUUGGCGCUGUGAUCAGUUCAAUCACGAGCGAGCCCUCAUCAAUCUUGGGGUUCCGCGACCCAUCAUAUCCACCCCAAAGGAUUGGGGCCCACGAAUGUCACCCGAGGGACAUGUUCUCCCACCGCUUUCUGAAACCCCGAGCCCCAAACGACGUCGCCUCCCAUCCAUAGAUCAAUGGAUGCCACCGCCAAUCUUUGACCAUCCAUUUCAAGGACGGGCGAUUCCAGGACCAAUCCUGACCAACCAGACAUUCUGGACCCAACCAGUUCAACCUCCAGACUCGUCUGGCCAUCAGCCUACACCUUUUACGGGGGAUUCUGCAGGCUCGACAUCCGGCUCCCACGACACUGGCGCCUUUGCCAGAGACCAGUUCAAGGCCCGGUGCCAAAGGGACACCGCAAGAACGCUAACAAAAAGUGUUGGUUUCAAUUUUGCCAGGCAUGAUCGCCAGAUCACCCAAUCUCGUGCCUUCACGCCAAUGCCCAACAAGUCAAACAAACGAGCCAACCGCCUCCCACAGCAGCCUCGCCCCCAUCAAUGGGCACAAUUGUCCAACAGUCUAGGUCGUAGACUGCCAUUGGACACGGUGAAAAACCUUCAUAAGACUCGUCUAGAACAAUUUCAAUGUGCAAUCAAGAACAAGUAUGACGAAACUAGGAUCAUCACCAUCUACCUGUGGUUGAAUGAAAUCAAACCCGAAAUCAUCACAGCAUAUUUCCAAGACUGGCCACAGGCUCGUCUUGAAGAAUGCGAUCUGUUGAAGCAAGCUGUCCUCGGGCAGGUUGGCGAACACUGGAACCGCGCUCUCAGCCUUUGGGAUGAGGCCAUUGACGCUUGGCGCGAAAUCCCUGUCGAUUACCCGCACCAAUAUCCUGUGUCCAACCGGACCAUAGUGGUACGCCUGGCCAAGGUCAACCCUCUGACACCUGGACUCCCACAGAGUCGUUUUUCCUCUUCCCACCCAAGUACGCUCGAUCACAACCAGGAUCAAAUUCCAUUAACUCCUCUGACGCUCAAACCGAUGCAAACAUUUCCUUCAACACCCGAACUCGCUCUCACCUCCUCUUCGCCCAACCAUCCUGUGGGAGGUCAACCUUUGGAAGUUGACUCCCACUCCCCAUUCCACCCAACCUCACCACCGGAUCAACUUGCGUCCAAAAUGAUGGUUGACCUAACCCGGGUACCUGAUUCUCCAGGUACGGGCGAGGCCAUUUCACCUUGUCCGGUUCCUUCCAACAGGGGCACACAUGACCCCCAGGCCAAAAUCCCGAUUGCUUUGGACCACGCGGGUCCGUUGGGACCACUAGCUGUCACUUCAACAGUUGCCGAACCACUGCUCAAUGUGGUGCAGCCGAAAACCACCCCUCCGCAACUCCAAAAAGGAUGGCCAUUGAAAUCGGUGCUUGUCUCCAGCCUUCUUGAAUGGUAUCAGAACGCUAAAUCCAGUGAUAUGCUAGAGAGUUGGAAGAACUCUUACGGGCGGAAUUGGAUAAUGGUACCGUCCACCGUGUACCGCUAUCGCGCUUGGAUCAACGAGGUCACGUACGACCGCUUUGCCGCAGAGUACUACCUACAGCCUAACGCGCACGUAGGACAGGCACGCAAUCGAUUUAGGGAGGAGUUCAACAGGGUUGCAUGA